AUGAUGAAUACGCACAGUAGCCUCUUUUUUUGGACUGCCAUAUAUGGCUUUGUUUUUUUCCAUUCAUUUGUGGAUGCAAAAGCUAAGCUGGAGCAUUACACCACUCUGGGGGUACCAGAAAAAGCCUCACAACAGGAGAUUAAACUAGCAUUCCGAAAUCUUGCUCUGAAAUAUCACCCAGAUAAAAAUAAAGAGCCGGAUGCCUCUGACAAGUUUCAAAAGAUCGCCAAAGCUUACAGCAUCCUCAGUGAUCCGAAAAAGAGACAAAUGUACGAUCUCACAGGGAUGGAAGAUGGCGGCUUUGGUGAAUCUCUGAAUUUUGACAUGAGCAGUUUUUUCAAGCAGUUUGACGAAGCUUUAAAACAAGGAGGCAGCAAAUCCAAGGGUUCCAAGACGGGAGGUUCUGGUGGAUUUUUUGACUUUGAGAAUUUGUUCAGUGGCAUGGAGGGCAUGGAUGGCGCGGAGAACAACCUUUUUUCGGCAUUUGGUAAAUCAGGAAGCGACAAAGGAGGCAAGAAGAAACAUUUUCUCUUUGAUGCUUUGGCAGGUUUAGGAGAUAUGCUCAAAUUGUUAACUAAGCCAAAAGACGCCCCUACAGAAAAUGAUAAAGGUCGGAAUCAAGAAUAUGAUCAAAGUAAAGACACCGACUUCACAGAUCAGAAAAGUCCAUAA